AUAAAGUAUUGGGUUGGGACACCCCUCCAAAUCAUUGGAUUCAGAUGUUCCAAUCCCCUCCAUGGCCACAGGUCUAUAAAAUCAAGCACCUAGGCAUGCAGACUGCUUCUACAAACAUUUGUGAAAGAAUGGGUCGCUCUCAGGAGCUCAGUGAAUUCAAGCGUGGUACCGUGAUAGGUUGCCACCUGUGCAGUAAGUGCAUCCGUGAAAUUUCCUUGCUACAAAAUAUUCCACGGUCAACUGUUAGCGGUUUUAUAACAAAAUGGAAGCAACUGGGAUCAACAGCAACCCAGCCAUGAAGUGGUAGGCCACGUAAAAUGACAGAGCGGGGUCAUUGCAUGCUGGAGUGCACAAUGCCCAGAAGUCGGCAACUGUCUGCAGAGUCAAUAGCUAAAGACAUCCAAACUUAAUGUCACCUUCAGAUUAGCACAAUAAUAGUGCAUAGAAAGCUUCAUGGAAUGGGUUUCCAUGGCCGAGCAGCUACAUCCAAG